AUGAUAAGACUAGGUAUACGAAGGAGGACUAAUAUACGGCAAGUAAACAACUUUAUAACCUCUCGGAUAAUCACUCGAGGUUAUAAAGUUCUUGCUUUAGAAAGUUCUUGCGAUGAUUCUUGUGUUGCAUUACUUGAAAAAUUCCUGCCUGAUGAACCUCCAAGAGUUAUAGAUCAAGUUAAAAGAACUUUAAAUUCCGCAGAUGUGGGAGGUAUAUUACCUACAGCAGCUUAUGAUUUUCAUCUUUCAACUGUUGGACCUCUUGUUUCUGAAUUUUGUAAGAAACAUAAUUUAAAUGCUCAAAAUCCACCUUCAUUAAUAUGUGUUACUCGAGGUCCGGGUAUGACAGGAUCUCUUACGACAAGUACACAAUUAGCCAAAGGUUUAAGUAUAGCUUGGAAUGUACCUAUUGUUGGAGUUCAUCAUAUGCUUGGACAUUUACUUGUAUCUCAACUACCAAAGAAAGAACAACCAAAUAUAUCUGCCCCUAAAUUUCCAUUUAUAAGCUUACUUUGUAGUGGUGGUCAUACCUUAUUAAUUCAUCUGAAAUCAUUAAUAGAGCAUGAAAUCAUUAUUGAUGUAAAUGAUAUUGCUGUUGGAGAUUCUUUAGAUAAAUGUGCCAGAGAAUUAGGCUUAUAUGGGAACAUGUUAGGUAAGGAAUUAGAAGCUUAUAUAGAUAAUUUCCCUCUGGAACUUAAACAAGAGUUGGAAGCAGUAAAUGUUGAUACAAGAUUUAAUCCCUAUAAAUUCAAAUUAAAAUUACCAUUUAAGAGUCCAUCAUUUUCCCGUAUUCCUAAAACUAUUCAAUUUUCAUUUGCUCAAUUCCUCAGUAAUAUACAAUCUUACAGAAAGUUUGAAUUAAACUAUGAACCUUUUAAUGAAAAGACAAAUCAAAUGAUUGCUUACAAAACUCAAGAAGGUAUAUUUGAUCAUAUAAUAGAUAGAAUAAAUGUGGCUUUAUAUAAACAUGGUAUACCUACAAGUAAUUAUAGAAGAGCUGAUAAUAAAUUUAUCGGAGUUAAGGAUUUUGUAUGCUCUGGUGGAGUGGCUGCAAAUAAGAGAUUAAGAGAAAAGUUAAGUAAAGAUCUUAAUUAUAGAGAGAGUUUGGGUCUUCAAGAUGAUGAAGCUUUAACAUUCCAUUUCCCUGAUUUAAGUUUAUGUACAGAUAAUGCCAUAAUGAUUGGUGUUGCCGGAAUAGAGAUAUUUGAGAAAUUAAAGGUUAAGACUGAUUUAAAUUUCACUCCAAUUAGGAAGUGGCCAAUGGACCAGAUAUUAAAUGUUGAUGGAUGGAUUAAAGUUGAUGAUGAGGAAAUUAAACGGGUUUGUAAAUAUUAA